ACUUUCGUCCAAAUUUACAGACUUUUGGAAUUGCCGCCUUUUUUUUUGCUCGCCAAGAUAGUUCUGCGUGUCAUAUUUUAUGAGAAAUUGCUGCCAGCAAGACAUAUUUGCUGACUGUAGAUUUUUUUAGAUAUACAGACUUUUGCAACCCUGCCUGCAAAUAUUUGAAAUUUUCACCUGGCAUCUCUAGUAACAUGACUUUUCUUAAACUUCAAUAACAAAGUAUACAAAUAUAAAUUUAUACAGUGCAGAUUAUAUUAUCAUUACUUAUAUCUUAGCCGCCAUGGAUAAGUUUUCCGAUGUGUGUAAGCUCGAAGAAAAUUUCAAUGGAAAAGGCGGUUUAAUAAUCAAAAAGAAAGAUACGGAUAAGGACGUAUUUAAAAAACCCAAACCUUCGCUACUAGGAUUGGACAAAUUGGCUGCUGCUCAACGAACUCGCAAACAACAAGAAGCAGCUCGUCUAUCGUUUAAAAACUCGGAUGGCGACGAUAUUGAUGAUUAUGAAUCUACCAACAGACAUGAACAAAAUAAUACUGGGUCUAAUUUGAAGAAAAUGUACAGAGGAAUGGCAGUAGAAACGCCAUCAUAUACUGGGGGAGUUAGUGAUUUAGCUAGGAAGCGACGUGAAGAACGAUCCAAAGAUGACCACAACAAAGGUUUGUAUGCUUCUUCUAAGUCAAGAAAAAAAGAAAAUGACCACGAAGAGCAUCGAACACGGCUCAAGUAUUCAUCUGGUAGUGUAAGGAGUAAUCGAGAGGAGUCAUCUUAUAGGACAUCGGGGCAUUUAAAAGAUGAACCUAAAACACCACGCACUGAUCGCCGAAUGGACGCUUUUGGAUGGGAGGAUGACGAUGACAGACAACCUUCAACUUCACGAAAAUCUUCCUGGGAUUAUCCAACACCAAAAAUUUCUAAAGAAUAUGAAUCGAUCAAGAAUAAUCGGCCAUCAUCAUCUCGGCGCAACAGAGAAGAUGAUACGCCAAGACCCACCCCAGCUCACAAAUAUAAUAAAUGGGCUCCUGAUAGAAAGGAAUCUGGCGCUACUCCUUACGCAACUAGAAAGGGCAUUCCAUGGGAAACCGAUGAAGAUAAAGAUCUCUGGGAAAAAGAACAAAUUCGUCUUGACCGCGAAUGGUAUAGCAUAGGUGAAGGAUACGACGAAGAGAACAAUCCGUUUUCAGGAACUAGCUCAGAGUAUCUACAGAAGCGAGAGGAGCAACUGGAACAGCGCAGAAUUAAGAGAAUGUCUGCCCAACAAAGACAAAUAAAUAAAGAUAAUGAACUUUGGGAAAAGAAUCGACUUUUGACAUCGGGUGUCGUCAUGUCAAUAAAUUUCAACGAAGACUUUGAUGAAGAAGCAAUAGAACGUGUUCAUUUACUCGUACAUCAUACAGUACCGCCCUUUUUGGAUGGACGUAUUGUAUUCACCAAGCAACCAGAGCCUGUAAUUCCAGUCAAGGAUGCCACAUCCGAUAUGGCAAUAGUGGCAAGAAAAGGAAGCCAGCUUGUUAGAACUUAUCGUGAACAAAAAGAACGAAAAAAGGCACAGAAAAAGCAUUGGGAACUAAGUGGAACAAAACUUGGUGCCAUUAUGGGAAUUGCUAAAAAGCAGGACGACGAAGAUGCAAAAUAUGAUGCUGACACAGACACGGCAGACUAUCGUAAAGAUCAGAAAUUUGCACAUCAUAUGGAAGCACAAGAUAACGAAGAAGAAUUCAACCGAAAAAAACCAAUCUAUGAACAACGACGUUCGUUACCAGUUUUUGCAGUGCGUCAAGACUUACUGAACGUAAUUCGGGAGAAUUCCGUUGUUAUUAUCGUUGGUGAAACGGGUAGUGGUAAAACGACCCAAUUAACGCAAUAUUUACAUGAAGAUGGUUACAGUCGCCUGGGAAUGAUUGGUUGUACACAACCUAGGCGUGUGGCAGCAAUGUCGGUGGCCAAGCGGGUUUCAGAUGAAAUGCACACGAAAUUAGGACAAGAAGUAGGAUACGCCAUCCGAUUCGAAGAUUGUACUUCAGAGAAAACCGUAAUCAAGUACAUGACUGAUGGUAUUCUGCUACGAGAAAGCUUAAGAGAUAGUGAUUUGGAUGGCUAUUCAGCAAUCAUUAUGGACGAAGCUCAUGAGCGAUCGCUCUCGACUGAUGUUUUGUUUGGUUUACUGAGAGAUAUCGUUGCCAGGCGAAGGGAUUUAAAGUUAAUAGUUACUUCUGCUACCAUGGACGCCACUAAAUUUGCAACAUUCUUUGGAAAUGUUCCAAAUUUUACAAUUCCGGGUCGAACAUAUCCUGUGGACGUAAUGUUCAGUAAAAAUGUCUGUGAAGAUUACGUCGACUCAGCAGUUAAACAAGCUCUUCAAAUUCAUCUUCAGCAGUUGGAAGGAGAUAUGCUAAUUUUUAUGCCCGGCCAAGAAGAUAUCGAAGUUACUUGCGAAGUGCUUGCAGAGAGGUUGUCCGAAAUCGACAAUGCUCCUCAGCUUUCUAUUCUUCCCAUUUAUUCACAGCUGCCUUCUGAUUUGCAAGCCAAAAUUUUCCAAAGAUCUGCAGAAGGUUUGAGAAAAUGCAUUGUUGCUACAAAUAUCGCUGAAACGUCAUUAACGGUAGAUGGUAUUAUAUUCGUGAUUGAUUCCGGUUAUUGUAAGCUAAAAGUAUACAACCCUCGUAUUGGAAUGGAUGCACUUCAAAUUUAUCCUAUUUCACAAGCAAACGCAAAUCAACGUUCAGGACGAGCAGGACGAACAGGCCCUGGACAGGCUUUUCGUAUAUAUACUGAGCGUCAGUACAAAGAUGAACUACUUGCCCUAACUGUACCAGAAAUUCAACGAACAAAUCUGGCAAAUACAGUGCUACUACUAAAAUCACUUGGCGUCGUUGAUUUGCUACAAUUCCAUUUCAUGGAUCCACCCCCGCAGGACAACAUUCUUAAUUCACUGUACCAAUUGUGGAUUUUGGGAGCUCUCGAUCAUACUGGUGCACUAUCUCCUCUAGGCAGACAAAUGGCAGAGUUUCCACUUGACCCACCGCAGUGCCAAAUGUUAAUAGUUGCUAAUCAAAUGGGAUGUAGUGCUGAAAUUCUAAUUAUAGUUUCUAUGCUUUCGGUUCCAUCGAUUUUCUACCGGCCAAAGGGCCGAGAAGAAGAAGCUGAUAACGUUCGGGAAAAAUUUCAAGUACCAGAGUCGGAUCAUUUAACUUACCUCAAUGUGUACCAACAAUGGAAAAUGAACAAAUACUCUUCUAACUGGUGCAACGAGCAUUUCAUACACAUAAAAGCAAUGCGCAAAGUGCGAGAGGUUCGGCAACAACUCAAAGAUAUCUACGUACAACAACGUCUCGAUGUGCGAUCCUGUGGUACCAAUUGGGAUGUAGUAAGGAAGUGUAUUUGCUCGGCUUACUUCUAUCAGGCAGCGCGGUUGAAAGGUAUCGGAGAGUAUGUCAACCUACGUACAGGAAUGCCUUGUUACUUACAUCCAACUUCAGCUCUGUAUGGGCUCGGUACAACUCCAGAUUAUGUAGUCUAUCACGAGCUUGUAAUGACUGCCAAAGAAUAUAUGCAGUGCGCUACCUCCGUAGAUGGAUUUUGGCUUGCCGAACUGGGUCCUAUGUUCUUCUCGGUCAAGGAAACUGGCAAGAGCAGUCGUGAGAAACGAAAACAGGCUGCCGAACAUUUGCACGAGAUGGAAUCUCAAAUGCAAAUGGCCCAAAAGCAAAUGGAGCGUCAAAAGCAGGAGGAUACAGAAAAACAACAACAACAAAUGAUAAAACAAGAAAUCGUCACUCCCGGAGCUACACCAAGACGAACGCCAUCACGGAUUGGAUUAUAAGUUUUUUUUCUAUAGAUUUUUUGCCAAUAUAUAAUAAAAUGUUAUAGCAUUUAUUAUUGGCAUGAAGGCAAUUUGUUUGUUGAUGCAUUAAUGUCUAUGGUUAACUUAUUGGUUCAGAAUCAAACAAACCUAAACAUUGAAAUUCCAUAAGGCUCGUUCUUACUUUAGACCACAAUACAGAAUCAAAUCACAUCAUUUGUACACAGAGAGAAGCAUGUUGUAAAUAUGAUUGAAUUUUGGUUUUA